UUUUCACCACAAUCAGUCGACAAAAACCCGCGAAAGAAGAAAAAUGUCGGGAUCGGUUUGAAACUGCGCUCGGGAGCGCGCUUUUUAUAGUUUAAAAACAACUAAAACUUGCACCAGAAUAAUAUAAUAUAGUAUUAUAAUCACAUUGUAAUAUAAAUAUAAAAUAUUUUACUUAAACUUGUGAGUGCUUUUAACAAAUAGUAUUUUUUCUUUUAUAAAAAGUGCAUUUUUGGCGCCCAACAUGGGAUACUUUAAAGCGAAAAUAAUUUUGCCUAUUGUGUGCUGUGUAGUUUUAUUAAACUGCUUUUUUGCAAAUGGAUUUAACAUCGACGCAUUUAAUUAUGCGGUUUUGGGUUCGGAGGAUAGGAGCAUGUUUGGGUUUAGUGUCGCGGUGCAUAAGCAGGGAUAUAAUAGACCAUGGGUUUUAGUAGGGGCGCCACAAGCUCAAUCUCAAUAUCAACCACCAGAAGUUAGGGAAGGAGGAGCUGUUUAUAAAUGUCGAAUUGAUGGGGAUAAUCCUUGUGAAGAAAUACCUUUUGAUACUAAAGGAAAUCACAGGAUCAAUGGCAAACAAAUGGAUCAGAAAGAAAGGCAAUGGUUCGGAGCCACACUCUCAACCUCAAGAAGUCCAGUUGGUGGUCCAAUAGCUGCUUGUGCUCCAAGAUAUGUAUGGUUUAGUAAAGAGAUGAAUAGGAGAGAUCCAGUAGGAACCUGUUACGUUUCGGAUGCUAAUUUUGAGAGUUUUGAAGAUUAUUCGCCUUGUAGGACGAAUCACUGGGGUUAUCAUCGUCAAGGAUCGUGCCAGGCUGGUUUUAGUGCUGCUAUUAACACUGUUGGCGAUAGACUUUUCAUUGGAGCCCCCGGAAGCUACUACUGGCAAGGACAAGUGUACUCGAUAGACGCACACGCUAGGUUUAACUAUACGCCCGGUCUACUUGGUUCGACGUAUGGCGCCAAAGGUUCAGUUCAUCAACAGAGCCUUGAAAACAGAACGGCAGUAUUUCAAACAGCAGAAGGCAAACAAAUCGAUGAUGACUCUUAUUUGGGAUACGCAACUAUUGUGGGAGAUUUUCAGGGCACUGGCGUAGAAGGAGUAGCUGUCGGAAUGCCUCGGGGAGCUGAUUUACAUGGAAAGGUAUUGCUUUUCACUUGGGAGCUAACAAACUACAAAAACAUUUCCAGCAGUCAGCUUGGUUCAUAUUUUGGGUAUUCUCUAGCAGCAGCAGAUGUGGAUGGUGAUAAAAAGUUGGAUUUAAUAGUUGGAGCUCCUAUGCAUACGGAACCGAAUACGGAAGGCAAAUAUGAUGUUGGACGUGUGUACGUGUUCUAUCAGGGAGGAAAUUAUGGAAGCUUUAACCGAUCAACCUUCCUCGACGGAUUUAACUCCAAAUCUCGAUUUGGUCUUAGUCUUGCGUAUCUUGGAGAUAUGAAUCAAGAUGGAUAUGAAGACUUUGCUGUUGGUGCUCCCUACGAUGGCGAAUUUAACCGUGGAGCAGUUUACAUAUUCUAUGGAUCAUCUAAAGGCGUUCUCGAAAAAUAUGGCCAAGUUAUUUACGCUGAGGACAUGCACACCAGAAGCGGACUCCCUAUUAACACCUUCGGUUUUUCCAUAACUGGAGGCAUGGAUAUGGAUGGAAACGAGUAUCCUGAUAUGGCAGUCGGAGCUUAUUUAUCCAAUACAGCAUUUUUCUUUAGGGCUCGACCGGUAGUACGGGUAGAAGCUGGCGUACGAUUUAAUAUAGAAAACAAACAAAUCGACAUUAAAAAGAAGACUUGCACCUUACCCAACGGGCAGAAAGUCAGCUGUACUACCAUCGACUUCUGUAUUAAAUAUAGUGGAAAAGGAAUUCCAGCACAAAUUCGAUUAAAGGUGCAGUAUAUUUUGGAUACAAAAAAGCUAAGUAUUCCGAGGAUGUCAUUUUUAAGAAAAAAUGGCAAUACCCUCAAUGACACCAUUAUCUUAUACAAAGAUAGUCCUGACACUUGCCAAACCGAACAAAUUAAUAUAAAGAAUGAUAUUCGAGACAAACUUACACCACUAGAAGCAGAAGUAAAAUACUUUAUGAUUCAAGAAGAAGUCGAAGACUCAUAUUAUGGCAGAGUCAGGAAUCCUGGAUCUCAGCUUAAGCCAGUCCUAGACUUAAACCUUCCUCCUUCUAGAAAAGAUUCUAUUAAUAUCCAAAACGAUUGCGGACAUGAUAAUGUCUGUAUACCUGACUUACAUAUUAACAUUACUAAGAAUGUGCAAAAAUACUUAUUGGAUUCUAAUACUAACCUAGAAUUCGACAUUAUCGUUUCAAACUUUGGUGAAGACUCUUUCGAAACUACCCUGGAUAUGACUUACCCGGAAGGAGUUUACUAUAAAAAAACUGAAGUGAAAGAGGACAUGCAAGCUAUUGGAAUCUUAUGCAGUACUGGAGAAAAUAGGACAAUCAGUUGUGAUAUUGGAAAUCCUUUGCCUGCUCGAAAAAUUGCCUCAUUUAGGAUGAUUUUUGUACCUUAUCAUAAACAAGGCAUAGCUCCUACCUACGAGUUUGAUUUUAUCGUUAACAGUACUAAUCCAGAAAGAAACGAGACUAUUGAAGACAACCAUAGUCAUAUUACUGUCGAUAUUUGGGUAGAUUCUGCUUUGUAUGUGGACGGCCGUUCUAUCCCUCAAGAAGUUCACAUAAGUAAUUUGACCCAAUAUUCAUCUGAAAAUAUAACCAAGGAGGUAGAAAUUGGACCACAAGUUACCCAUUUGUAUACCUUGAGAAAUAGAGGACCUGCAACAAUAUAUGAGGCUGAGAUGUAUUUCUUAUGGCCCUGGCAAACUUUAGCAGGUGAUGAUCUGCUGUAUCUUCUGGACAAUCCUCAUGUUCCCGAAGGAGUUAAAUGUGAAAUGUCUGUACCAGCAAAUUACAGAGGCUACCAAGUGGACUAUAAUCCCAAACCAAUUUGGGAGAGACUUCAAAUUGACUCUUCAAGUCACGAUGUUGGAACAAGGUAUGGAGGGGUUAAGGUGGAAUCUGGAUAUGUACCCGGUACCAUUGGUGGUAGCAGUGCAACCAUUCAAAACACAAAACUGGAUGAAGAAGUUAAAAUUUCUUCAGGAGAUUCCUCUACUGUAUACGAAGAAAGACAUAAUGCAUCGGCUACAAGCUCUGCACAAGGCUCUGGAUGGGCUACAAAUUAUGGUCAAGAUAGCAGUGGUCAUAUAGGCAAAGCUGGCCAACAAGUCUAUACUAAAUCUGAAUGGCACAAAUCUAUUGUUAAUGGGAAGGAAGUUAUAAGGUGGACAAACGUCACUACCAUCAAAGAUGCAUCUGGAAAAAUAAUAAAUACUAUUUACUCUACUGAUGAUAACAACGGGGAUCAAGUAUUAAGCAGUAGCAAUGUUGAUAAUCAAGAAAGAACUAAACCAAAGAUAUUCUAUACUUCUUCAGGGAGUGCCAGUACCACAGGUGAAGAAAACUUAUCGAUUUCUGGCAGAUUUGGAACAGCAACUGUGCAAACUGAAGACAAGGUUCAUCAAAAAACUAAUGUUGGUACACAAGAAUCAAGUGGAGCAGUGCAACAUUUCAGUAGUGGUCAAAGUGGUUAUGCCCAAGAAAACAAGUUCCACGAAGAGCAUAGUUAUACAGUAGGCGGAGGUAUAAGAGAAGGAGGCGUCAGCAGCACUAAAUCACAUGAAGAAAAAGUCAUAAGCAGUUCAACAGCUUCAAGUGUUGAUGUCGAAGAAACCAGACGGAGAUACGAACAAAGGCUUCAAUAUGAAGAGAGAAUCAGGCAACAAGAAUUAAUCAAAAGCCGAGAGGAAGAACGUCGUAAAAAAGAGGAAGAAGAGAGGCGAAGAUAUGAAGCGGAAUGGAGACAAAGGGAGGCUGCUAGAAUUGCAGAAGAAAUUGCAAGAAAACAAGCAGCGGAGCGCCAAAGAAAAGAAGAAGAACUUAGGAGGCAGCAGCAGACGAGACCCACAGAAUAUGAAUAUAGAAGGCAGCAACAGUUAAGAGAAGAGGAAAUCAGGCGCCGAGAACAGGAACAAAGAAAACAGCAAGAGGAAGAACGAACUCGCAUAGAAGCAGAAAGGCGCAGACAAUAUGAAUACGAAGAAAGAAUUAGGCUUGACGAAGAGAGAAGAAGACAGUGGUCUCAACAAAUAGGUGAAAGUGCAGGCUCUGGCGGGCAACAUGCUGGAGAUUCUUUCAUUCAAGGUCGUAAGAGAACAGGUUACUUCGAUGCACAAGGUGUUUAUCAUGAUGAAACUCAAUUAGCAUCACAUAAGGGUCAAGAUGGCCAAAUAAUAUUUAACAAAACUUGGACUGCUGAGAGUGAGGCGACCAUCCCUCUAGAUACCUUUGAACGUGAAGGUAAUUUUGGCGGUCAGUUGAGUUUUGGUCAAGCUGCUGCUUCUGGUAAUGGUUUCAAAACUGAGACUAUUGAUUUGGGUGAUGCUCUUGGCAGGGGAGGUGCAAACGGAGCCUCUGGCCAUCAAUGGGGCGGUACUCGAGAACAUACUCAAGGUACACAUUUCUCUGGCACCCUCGAAGAAGGUAUAACAAAUCAAGAUGACUAUAAUUCAGAUUACGAAAGAAAUUGGUGGGAAGAUCCAUCUGCACAACCUGCUGAUCGUCAUUUCGCCCAAAGAGAUAAUGUACCUACAGAUAGACCGGACCUAAGCAGAUCAAGAGGGAAGAGGCAAGUUUUGGAGCUGGAUAGAAAUAUUGAUGACAUUUUAAAAUGUACCGCUACAAAGUGUUACAUUGUGAAAUGUGUCGUGGGUACUUUAAAAAAGGAUGAGUUUAUUUCAAUUGCUAUGAGGUCCAGAUUAAAUGUGCGAGCUGUAAGACAUUUAAGCACAACUCAACCUGUGAAAUUAUCUUCAAUGAUGGUAGCAAGGAUAUCAAAGCUACCAUAUAUAGGAAAGCCAAAAGAUCAAGCUCUACAUACUCAUGAGAUCUUUACGGAUAUCCCCGCAGGAGAGCAAGAAUUACCACCCCCCGUAGUUCCAUUAUGGAUUAUAUUGCUGUCGGCGAUAGCGGGGACACUUAUUCUGUUGCUAGUUAUUUUGUUAUUAUAUAAGUGUGGAUUCUUCAAGAGGAAGCGACCAUCUUCAGCCCCGGAAAGACAGCCUCUAAGAACAAACGGAUAUCACGGGGAUUAGAUAAUAUAAUUAAAAAAUUAGUAAACAAUUUUUGCUACGCCUUGACAUUUUCGAGGAAGUUGAUUUUAAAACGACUUAUUUUAGAAGAUAAUAGUACUAAUCAUGAAAUAAAGUACUAAUAAAAUAACUCGACUAAAAAAGACUUACAAACGAAGCGAGUAAAGAUUUAGUCAUAUUUGUUAAUUGUGUUCAAACGAUUGAAUAUUUGAUAUUUUAAUGUGCCUUGAAUAGAAAUAGUAUGAAUGAUAUUAAUAAUUGCUAGUUUCAAAAUUUAGAUGGCGCGUCAAAAGUUCACUCAGCCUAUUGAGUAUUUAUUUAUUAAAAUGUAGUAUGACGUACGAACAUUUGUUAAAUUAUAUGUGACAGUGCCUUUAGAAAUCGAUCUGUUGUGCCUUAUAUUUUAUUAUGUGCCAGAACUAUAAAUAGCCUAUAUAAUAUAUAAAAUAUGAUAAAAAUUAAUCAUUUUUAGGCUCGACUAAAAUAAUUACGCUUAUUUAAAAUAACUUAAAUACAUUUUUUUACUUAUUUAGGAUUUGUUUUGCAGCUACUUUGUAUGGCCUAACUGUGUUUUUAUUUAAUUCUAUUAUAUUUUGCUGUAUGGAUAAGUGUGUAUACUUUAGUGAAUGUAUAGUUUUUGUUUUAUUUGUAAAAAUAUAAUCGAAAGUUUUAAAUAUUGAAUCUCUAAAAAUAAAAUAUAUUUUAUAAAUGUACAUUUUUGAUCCCAGUUAUUUUAUUAUUGUAUAUUGUGACUUUAUUUAUUGUACGACAACUAGGGUUUUAGUAUAAUUUUAUGCCGCGCGUUUAUGUAAAUUC